CAAUUUCUUGGCCGCAGAUGGAACGAGUGGUUGGUCGCUGCUUCCCGGGGAAUUGAGAGGAGCAGCAGCAACCGGAGGUUUCGAGCUGAACCCGAGACACUUCACCUUCCACUUCCACUCUUGCGGGAACCCAAAUGGAAAAGGAAUAGUUCGGCGGGAAGAGAAAACAGAAGCCUCAUCACCUUCCAGCGGCGACGCUGCCGAUCCUCGAGCCCAGCGCGCGCGACACGUUCGGAAUACAAGGGAAUGACACACACACACCCACAGUCAUGGUUUACCCUCUUCUGGACCUUCUAAAGUCUCUUUUACUGUAGCAACUCCGGCCCCAAACUUUGGACGUGAAGUUCACCGAGUGGUCUGAAGGAAAAGUGCGCGUGUGUUUCAGCGUUAGAAGCGUUAAAUGAUGCCGGAGCAGAUCACUAUUUCAGAGUUUGUGGUCGAGACCAAUGAAGACUACAAGUCUCCCACUGCUUCCAACUUCACCAACAGGAUGUCCCACUGCAGGAACACCGUGACUGCACUGGAGGAGGCUCUGGAUGUGGACCGCAGCGUGCUCUACAAGAUGAAAAAAUCUGUGAAGUCCAUCUACACGUCUGGUCUGGCCCAUGUCGAAAACGAAGAGCAGUACACACAAGCGUUGGAGAAGUUCGGCGAAAACUGCGUCUACAGAGACGAUCCAGAUUUGGGAUCGGCGUUUCUGAAGUUCUCCGUCUUCACCAAGGAGCUCACUGCCCUCUUCAAGAACCUGUUUCAAAACAUGAACAACAUCAUCACGUUCCCCCUGGACAGCCUGCUGAAAGGAGACUUGAAGGGAAUCAAAGGGGAUCUGAAAAAGCCCUUUGAUAAAGCCUGGAAGGACUAUGAAACUAAAGUAACCAAAAUCGAGAAGGAGAAAAAAGAGCACGCCAGGCAGCACGGGAUGAUCCGGACGGAGAUCAGUGGAGCGGAAAUCGCUGAAGAGAUGGAGAAGGAGAGGAGGUUUUUCCAGCUGCAGAUGUGCGAGUAUCUGCUGAAAGUCAAUGAGAUUAAAAUCAAAAAGGGAGUGGACCUUUUGCAGAACCUCAUCAAGUACUUCCACGCACAGUGCAAUUUCUUCCAAGAUGGUCUGAAAGCUGUAGACAACUUAAAACCCUCCAUUGAAAAACUGGCCUCAGAUCUGCACACGAUCAAGCAGGUGCAGGACGAGGAGCGGAAGCAGCUGACUCAGUUAAGAGACGUCCUGAAGUCUGGCCUCCAGGUGGAGCAGAAGGAGGAUUCCCAAAUUCGACCCAGUACCACCUACAGCCUCCACCAGCCGCAGGGCAACAAGGAGCACGGCACGGAGCGCAGCAGCUUUCUUUACAAGAAGAGCGACGGCCUGAGGAGAGUGUGGCAGAAGAGGAAGUGCACGGCGAGAAACGGCUACCUCACCAUCUCCCACGGCACAGCGAACCGACCGCCCGCCAAACUGAACCUGCUCACGUGUCAAGUGAAACACAACCCUGAGGAGAAGAGGAGCUUUGACCUGAUUUCUCAUGACAGGACGUAUCACUUUCAAGCUGAGGAUGAGCAGGACUGUCAGAUCUGGAUAUCAGUGCUGCAGAACAGCAAAGAGGAAGCGUUGAAUCAGGCUUUUAAAGGAGACCAGCAUGUUGGGGAGAACAACAUUGUCCAGGAACUGACCAAGGCCAUCCUGGGGGAAGUGAAGAGGAUGACGGGGAACGACGUGUGCUGUGAUUGUGGAGCGCCCAAUCCAACUUGGUUGUCGACCAAUUUAGGAAUCCUGACCUGCAUUGAAUGCUCGGGAAUUCACAGGGAGUUGGGGGUCCACUACUCCAGAAUCCAGUCGCUCACACUGGACGUGCUGAGCACCUCAGAGCUCUUGCUGGCCAAGAAUGUGGGGAAUGCUGGCUUCAACGAAAUCAUGGAGGCUGGUUUAUUGGCUGAGAAUGUGGUGAAGCCAAAUCCUGCAAGUAACAUGCAGGUGAGGAAAGACUUCAUCGUGGCCAAAUACACUGAGAAGCGGUUCGCAAGGAAGAAGUGUCCCGAUUCGACGUCGCGGCUCCACACGCUUUGUGAGGCUGUCAAAGCUCGCGACAUCUUCUCCCUCAUCCAGGUCUACGCUGAGGGAGUGGAGCUGAUGGAGCCCAUCCCUCUGGCCAACGGACACGAGCAAGGCGAGACGGCCCUGCAUCUGGCCGUCCGGCUGGUGGACAGAACUUCGCUGCACAUCGUCGACUUCCUGACCCAGAACAGCUUAAAUCUGGACAAGCAGACGUCCAAAGGCAGCACGGCGCUGCACUACUGCUGUCUGACCGACAACAGCGAGUGUCUGAAGCUGCUGCUGCGAGGGAAAGCCUUGAUAGAUAUCGCUAAUGAAGCCGGGGAGACGCCGCUGGACAUCGCGCGGAGACUGAAGCACCUUCAGUGCGAGGAGCUGCUGAAUCAAGCGCUCGCUGGGAGGUUCAAUGCCCAUGUUCAUGUGGAAUACGAGUGGUGCCUGCAGCCGGAGGACCUGGACGAGAGCGACGAGGAUCUGGAUGAGAAGCCCAGUCCGCACCGCAGAGACGAGAGGCCGGUCAGCUGCUACACCCCGAGCACCAAUUCCCACCAGCAGCCCGGCUCGGGUCCAGCAGGUCGCGAUGGAGUCGGCCUCAUCAAAGACAAGCAGCGGCCCUACCUGCCCAGCCUGGUCAACAACGAGACCUACGGCACCAUCCUCAACACCAACUCCUCUCAACCCGGCCUGUCCAACUCCACUUCUGCUCCUCCGCUUCCCCCCAGGAACCUGGUCCAGCCGACAGGUCAGUCUUCAGCAUCCAACAACUGGAAGCCCGGUUCCUUAGACCUAAUGGGCCGCCAGCGGUCGUCCUCGGACCCUCCCAACAUGCACCCUCCUCUACCCCCAGUGCGAUUCACAUCCGCCGGAGGAGUGGCAAAGAUGGAAUCUUUAAGUCUCCAUUCAAAGUCCGGACUUCAAGGAUCCAGAGCAGCUCCACUGAAAUCACCUGCCGGGAACGAUAAGAACUUCAGCCAGAGACCUCUGAAUCGAUCGGAAUCUGUGGAGCGACGAGCGAAGGAAGUGCCAGGAUGCCCCCAGAACUCCAUCGGUCAGUCUCUGCCCCCGGCGCACAUGAUGAGGAAGGCCUUUCCAAAGCAGCGGCCGAAACGAGUGAAAGCUGUGUACAACUGCAUCGCAGACAACCCUGAUGAACUGACCUUCACAGAGGGCGAGGUGAUCGUGGUGGAUGGAGAAGAGGAUCAGGAGUGGUGGGUGUAAACGCUGUUAAGUAACGGAGAUAAACAGGAAGCUGGGCCACAUCGAGGGCGAGCCGAUGAGACGUGGCGCCUUCCCGGUGACGUUCGUCCAAUUCAUGGCCGACUGAAAGCUCAGCGCGGGACCUUCAUCUGCGGCGGAAGAGCUCCAUCGCUCCAGUGUCCGCUCUCUUCCCGGGGACUGUGUGUCGUGUGUUUCUGAGAAGAUUCAAACCCUGAUUGUAGAAAACCGCCUCAUUGUCAAUGCACUUUUCUAGUCUCUUCAAUUGUAGCAGACAUCUGGUUUCACCAAAGUGUCAAGUGUUCGCUGCACCUCCACAGCUUUGCAUGAGAAAUGCCUUCCUGCUUGUCAUGCCAGAUAGUGAUGCGAAGUUAGGGAACCGUUUGCUCCAUUAUAAGGGCACCAAAGUAGACUAUUUUUUUCCUUUCAAAGCCGCUUAUGACUCGCAGUCUGUGCUUAGUCACGAGUGCAGCAGUGUUCCGUUUACCUUGUUCGAGCGGUGUGAGGCGCCGGAAUGUGGCAGCAGCGCUGUGAUUUAAACUUCCCCGUCUUCUCUCUCGGUGUCGGAGGUGUAUAGAAUGUAUCUUAAACAGCCCGUGUAUUUGUUGCAGAGCAACUCUUUCUGUGUGUAGAUACUGAAUGUUGAUAUCUGAGCAUUUAACCUUGGCGUUUGAUGUGAGGAGGCGAUGAAUGAUGGUCACGUGUACAUAGUUUUUAUUUAAGUGUAAGAUAAGAGCAGUGAGGUGUGCAGUGAGGAGCGCAGCGGUGAUGAGCUGAACAUCAAGGGUGUGUGUGUGCACACAUAUUUGUAGGGAAUGAUUCAUUCACUGUCUUCGCCUCUGCAUUGACUCGACUCUGUGAGUUAAUAGGAAAAUGGAACUGGAAUAAAAAACACUAAACUACGUGUUAUUGUUGUUGU